AUGCCUCUCCGUGACAAGGGUCCCACGCUGGUCGGCGUCCUCUGGUUGGAAGUGGGCAUGUGUUUUGUUGUGCUCGGGCUGCGAAUCUAUACGCGGACUGUAAUCCGACGCAGUCUCGGGGUUGAUGACCUCCUUCUGAUCAUUUCCUGGUCACUGAUGGUCGCGUUUGCAGCGCUGUGCACGGCCGCGGCGAUGACGGGAAUGGGAACGCACUACGACAAGCUGUCACCGGAUGAGUUUUCGCGCGGCAUGAUGUUUCUGCUGGCCGGGCAGAGUGUUGUCUCACUUGCCAUGGGUCUCAGUAAAUGUGCCGUCGCUGCGUUCCUGAUGCGCAUUCUUGUUAAAACAUGGCACAAGGCUUUUCUGUGGUUCUGGAACAUCUCCAUCAUGACCCUGAGUAUCCUGCUUUCUAUCACCGUCUUUGUGCAGUGCACGCCGGUUGAGUCAAUCUGGGACCCGCGUGUCCCUAAAAAGGGAUGCUCCCUCAACUUGACGGUCAUCGCGACUGUCAUGUGCGCCUGGUCCGCGGUGCUGGAUUUCGUGCUGGCGCUGUUCCCAUGGGUCGCGCUGUGGAACCUGAACAUGAAGAAGAAGGAGAAGAUCACUAUUUGUCUGUCUUUGAGUCUGGGUAUAUUCGCCGGCGUCUGUGGCAUCAUUCGAACGACAGGGCUCUACGCCCUCGCCGACUCAACCGACUACCUCUACGCGACGACCGACUCCGUCAUCUGGACGAACUCCGAAAUGACCACGACCAUGAUCUGCGUCAGCAUCCCCGCCCUCCGACCCCUCUACCGUUACCUCCGCGGCAACGACUCCUUCCAGGACGACUCCGGCUACAGCGACCUACCCGCGUCCGGCAAGUCAAGCGUCGGCCGUAGUAAGCUCACCGGACGCAAACGCCCGACAUACACCCUCGACAGCCUAGUCACGACGACCGUGCAGGGCAAGUCCAUGAACGAUACCAGGACAGAUCUAGAGGCGGACGAGCGGUCGGAUGACGCGGAUACAAGACAAAUGCUGAAUUACCCAAAUGGCUAUAGCGACCACAACAUUCAUCAGGUGAACGAGGUGACAGUCUCGUAUGAUGAGCGGAGGCCUGGGGAAAGUCAGAUGCCGCCUCUUCCUGUGAAGGCGCGACAACACGUUUAG